AGCUACUUUUCCUCCCCUUUAAGGCUGCCUGGUUACGGUCCUGGGAAAGAAAACCCCUGCAAUCCUCCCCUUUAAUUCGGUGUAUUGUUAAAGCGCUGGAGCAGCUAAUCCUCACAGACCUGUAGGAGCUGGAGUGGGAGCACCACGAGCGAAUUCUUUCUGAGUCCCUGGCAUCCCCAGAAGCUUCAACUCUGGAGGCGAUGGGUCGAAAGGAAGAAGAUGACUGCAGUUCCUGGAAGAAACAGACCACCAACAUCCGGAAAACCUUCAUCUUCAUGGAAGUGCUGGGAUCAGGAGCUUUUUCAGAAGUUUUCCUGGUGAAGCAAAGGGUGACUGGGCAGCUCUUCGCCCUGAAGUGUAUCAAGAAGUCACCUGCCUUCCGGGACAGCAGCCUGGAGAAUGAGAUCGCUGUGUUGAAAAAGAUCAAACAUGAAAACAUCGUGACCCUGGAGGACAUCUAUGAGAGUACCACUCACUAUUACCUGGUCAUGCAGCUUGUUUCUGGUGGGGAGCUCUUUGACCGGAUCCUGGAGCGGGGUGUCUAUACAGAGAAGGAUGCCAGCCUGGUGAUCCAGCAGGUCUUGUCAGCUGUGAAAUAUCUCCAUGAGAAUGGCAUCGUCCACAGAGACUUAAAGCCCGAAAACCUGCUGUACCUCACCCCUGAAGAGAAUUCUAAGAUCAUGAUCACAGACUUUGGUCUGUCCAAGAUGGAACAGAGUGGUGUCAUGUCCACUGCAUGUGGGACCCCAGGCUAUGUGGCCCCAGAAGUGCUGGCCCAGAAACCCUACAGUAAGGCUGUGGAUUGCUGGUCCAUUGGCGUCAUCACUUACAUACUGUUAUGUGGGUAUCCUCCUUUCUACGAAGAAACUGAGUCUAAGCUUUUUGAGAAGAUCAAGGAGGGCUAUUAUGAGUUUGAGUCUCCAUUCUGGGAUGACAUUUCUGAGUCAGCCAAGGAUUUUAUUUGCCACUUGCUGGAGAAGGACCCGAAUGAGCGGUACACCUGUGAGAAGGCCUUGAGGCACCCCUGGGUUGCUGGAAACACAGCCCUCCACCGGGACAUCUACCCAUCUGUCAGCCUCCAGAUCCAGAAAAACUUCGCAAAGAGCAAGUGGAGGCAAGCCUUCAAUGCAGCCGCUGUGGUACACCACAUGAGGAAGUUGCACAUGAACCUGCACAGCCCAGUCCGCCCAGAGAUGGAGAACAGGCCACCUGUCACUCAAGCCUCAGAAGCUUCAAGACCCACCUCCCCCGAGAUCAGCAUCACCGAGGCACCCGCCCCGGACCAGAGUGUGGCACUCCCUGCCCUGAUCCGGCUGCCCUGCCAGUGUGGCCCCCGGCCCCCUGCCCCCAGUGGCAAGUCCCUCAACUGCCUGGUCAACGGCUCCCUGCGCAUCAGCAGCAGCCUGGUGCCCAUGCAACAGGGGCCCUUGGCCGUGGGGCCCUGUGGCUGCUGCUCCAGCUGCCUGAACAUCGGGAGCAAAGGGAAGUCCUCCUACUGCUCCGAGCCCACACUCCUCAAAAAGGCCAACAAAAAACAGAACUUCAAAUCUGAGGUCAUGGUGCCAGUCAAAGCCAGCGGCAGCUCCCACUGCCGAGCGGGACAGACUGGAGUCUGUCUCAUUAUGUGAUCCCAGGGGUCCAUGCCUGUGUCACUGCACUUUUCAGGAGAGAUGGUCAACUCUUCUCUGCCUUUCCAAACCUGGGGUCUACCCUGCAGCAGGAGGAAGGGGAGCAGGUGGAGCGGGGCCUGGCGGGAGCGGAUUCUGGUCAGCAGCAGCCGACUGCAGGGGUCUGGGGCAGACCCUCACUGAAAGCCCAUGAGCCCCAAGGAGCCCCCAGGCGUGGAGCCUCUCUGAAGCAGUGGGCAGGAGGAGCGGCAUCUGCUGCCUUCCAGGUGUCCCUGGCCUGCCCGCUCUGCGCCCCACACCCUACGUGCCGUAGCUCUGUGCAGUGUACGCAGAUAGCUCUUGCCUGGGUCUGUGUCAUUUGUCGUGAAAAGCUUAACAGGCUGGUCAGGCCAUGUCACCUUCAGAGCAAAGCCAUAAGGAGUAUCUCCCCAGACUCCCCACUCAGCACACACCUGCUCCUGCCUCUCUGGCCUUGAUGGGCUCAUUAAUGUAGUCGCCUGCCCAUCUGCAUGAAUGACAGGCAGCUCUGUGGUCUGCCUGUGAGUUCUCAAAGUCUGAAUCCUCAACUCCAGAUUAGCUCCCAACGGAGCUGAGACCCCCAGCAUACCCGGCCCACUUCUGAGCCACCUCCCUCCCCGCCCCGGUCCAAAAGCAGUGCCACACCCUCCAAGAGGAAAAAGGAAGAAAUCCCUGACUGUACCGUGAAGGAGUUAGUAUGCUGGCCAGACGCCCUCCACACACACACCCCAGGAAGUAAAACUUGGAAGUUGACUUUUUAAUUUCAGCCAGUGUUUCUAAUCCUGCCUCUGCCCCCCUUUUUCUCCCUGAAAGUCAGGCGCUUUCUUGUUCCCCAGUUUUCUUACUCCAGCUUCAUGCUCAGUGUUGUGCUCAAUAAAAUGGACAUAUUUUUCUCUA